AUGAUAUUCAAAAUUAAACUUCAAAUUGUGGGCAAAGAAGCAAGUAAUAAUAAAUUUGAUAUCACGUUGUUUUAUGAUUUCUAUUUUGUUAUUGUUGGUUUUCUCCUUCCUCCAUGUCCCGUCAACAUGAACACUAAAAGUCCCAAGAAAAUGAAACUUCACUUCACCUUCAAACGUUAG